GAAUUUGUGGACUGUGAUCUAGUUGUAGCGGACGCCGAUGGGCCUGAGGCUCUGCUACGUGUUAGACUAAGGAUCUUAGCUGUUUCUUGUAGGCAUCUUUUGCCAUGACGGCUCAGGGGAGCCUGGUGGCCAACCGAGGCCGACGCUUCAAGUGGGCCAUUGAGCUGAGCGCGCCUGGAGGAGGCAGCAGGGGCCGAAGUGACCGGGGCGGUGGCCAGGGGGACUCGCUGUAUCCAGUCGGUUACUUGGAUAAGCAAGUGCCUGAUACCAGCGUGCAAGAGACAGACCGGAUCCUGGUGGAGAAGCGCUGCUGGGACAUUGCCUUGGGUCCCCUCAAACAGAUUCCCAUGAACCUCUUCAUCAUGUACAUGGCAGGCAAUACUAUCUCCAUCUUUCCUACUAUGAUGGUGUGUAUGAUGGCUUGGCGACCCAUCCAGGCACUUAUGGCCAUUUCAGCCACUUUCAAGAUGCUAGAAAGUUCAAGCCAGAAGUUCCUUCAGGGUUUGGUGUAUCUCAUUGGGAACCUCAUGGGUUUGGCAUUGGCUGUUUAUAAGUGCCAGUCUAUGGGACUGUUGCCUACACAUGCAUCAGACUGGUUAGCCUUCAUUGAACCCCCUGAGAGGAUGGAGUUCAGUGGUGGAGGAUUGCUUUUGUGAGCCUGAGAACGAAGCAGCUGUUACCUAUGUAUUUGGAUCUCAUAUACAACCCUCUUUAUACCCAGUGGCUACACGGAGUGGCUCCUCCUCACUAUAUCAAAACCUAACGUUAUCAUUCAUGCUGAAAAGAACCAAAAGUACUCUUUUCUCCAUGGUGAGGAGACACCUUAGAAAGAAUGUACUAUCAUUACAAACACAAAGAAACUACCACAACCCUUGACUGAAAAUAAUGUAGAAAACUUUAUUUAUGUUUCCAGUAUAGAGCAAAACAACAAAUAAAACCAUAACUCUAUGUAAACAAAAGAAUGGUUGCUGCUAAAUCAAAAACCACCGCAGCAUCUCCUUUCAAUAAAUUAAAUGGUCAAGAACAGUGCUUUAAAAAAAA